AUGGCGGGGUUCAAGGUGACGCGGAUCUCGGAGGGCCCCGUGAAGCCGGCGUCGGCGACGCCCGAGGAGACGCUGCCGCUGGCGUGGGUGGACCGGUACCCGACGCACCGAGGCCUGGUGGAGUCGAUGCACAUCUUCCGCUCCGGCGCGGACGCGGCGCCCGCCGUGAUCCGUGCCGCGCUGGCGAAGGCGCUGGCCUUCUUCUACCCGCUGGCGGGGCGCAUCGUGGAAGGGGAGCAGGCCGGGUGCCCCGCCAUCCGGUGCACCGCCGACGGCGUCUACUUCGCGGAGGCCCAGGCGGACUGCACCCUGGAGGACGUGCGGUUCCUGGAGCGGCCCCUGCUGCUGCCCAAGGAGGACCUCGUCCCUUACCCCGGCGACGACCGCUGGCCCGUCGAGCCGCACAACACCAUCAUGAUGAUGCAGUUCCCCAACCCAAACAUCAAGCCGGGCCCGCUCCCGGAGCUCCCCGUGCUGGCGCUGGACUACGUGGUGCUCGACUUCCCCACGCCCUACAUCGACGACCUCAAGAGGCAGUACAAGGCGCACAGCGGCAAGUUCUGCUCGGGCUUCGACGUGCUCACGGCCAAGCUCUGGCAGUGCCGCACCCGGGCGCUCGCCCUGGACCCCACCACCGAGGUCAAGCUCUGCUUCUUCGCCAGCGUCCGCCACCUGCUCAAGCUCGACAGGGGUUACUACGGCAACUCCAUCUUCCCCGUGAAGAUGUCCGCGCCCGCGGAGAAGGUGCUCGCCUCCUCCAUCAUGGAGGUGGUCGACAUGAUCCGGGAGGCCAAGGACAGGAUGGCCGUCGAGUUCUUCCGCUUCGCCAAGGAGGAGAUAGACCAGGACCCGUUCCAGAUGACCUUCAACUACGAGUCCAUCUAUGUCUCCGACUGGAGCAAGCUCGGGUUCUCUGAGGUGGACUACGGUUUUGGCCCGCCCAUGUUCGCCGGCCCGCUCGUCAACAAUGACUUCAUCGCCUCCGUCGUCAUCCUCAAGGCGCCGCUCCCGCUGGACGGCACCAGGAUGCUCGCCAGCUGCGUCACCAAGGAGCACUCGGAGGAGUUCGCCCGUGGCAUGAAGGAAGAUCUGCCCUGA